AUGGAGGCAUUGCCUGCGUUCCCCAGUGCACCGGUGAAUUUUCUUUUUCCGGCUUUCUGGUAUGCGGCGGAUGGCCUGGUGUCUCGGAAAGCGCAGGAGAGAAGGCCUUCUCCUACAGAUGCUCAGUCGCGCUGCGCUCCAUCUCCGUCCUGUUCUCCCUCUUCUUUAUGUUACCUACCAUUCCCGGUUAAAGCGCUCGGCCCUCGCUUGCCAGCCUUCCAUUGUCUCUCUCUGGUCGUUGCACGAGUGAAGCAUCUGCUCUCAGUGAACACCGCGCAACUGACGCAGGAGCUCUUCUUUCUGAGUGACCGGGGUGUAUGUACACUCCACCCUUCACAUCAAGGGCCUCGCUCACCCCCCUCCUGCACCGGUCGACUUUUUUCUCGCUCGCACUCUUCACGCUCCGCUGUUCGUCUUUCUUCUUCCCCUUCUUCCGCGUCUUCUUCCUGCUCCUCUGUUCCCUCGCCUUCUCUGCUGCGGCGGUGUGGCCUUUGUCCGGGUGUCGAUUUCCGCGAGCAUCUCGCUGGUUUGCUCCUCGACUUCCUUCUGCUUCGCUCGGGGGAAGAAUCCCGCGAAGCACAGGCAAGCGUCCUCCUGCAAAUUCGCCUCCUCUCGCGCGCCCUCGCCCUUCAGAAGCAUCUGCAUGCACGCGUGCUUUCGCAGCGGAAAGAUGUCAGUCCAUAG